AUGUACCCAGAACUCCUUCCUUGUGUUCAGGAGGAAGUGAAAGAGAUUCUUCUCCAGAAAGGGGUGAAACUGUUGAGUGAGCAAGUGAGUAACCUGGAGGAGCUGCCUCUCAAUGAGCAUCAUGGCAGCAUCCAAGGGAAGACAGACAAAGAGACUCAGCCAGUGGCUAACCUGGUGACUGUCUGCAAUGAGAUUAAAAUCAACUCCUCUGCAUACAGCAGUGCCCUGGGUGACCAAAUGGCUGGUAAUGAUGCCUUAAUGAUUAACAAUCACCUCCAGGUGGAGGGAGUCAGUAAUAUCUAUGCCAUUGGUAACUGUGCUACUGUGAAGGAAUCCAAGAUGGUGCACCAUGCUGGAUUACAUGCCAACUUUGUUGUGACCACCAUUGUCAACACUUUGAAACAGAGAAUGGGAAAAGUCAACACACAAAAAGAGUAUUUACUGCUGGCUGUGAUGGCACAUGACCACUAUGUGGACAUUUGUAAGCUUCUGUACUAUCAAGUCAUCAUGAACCAUAAAGUAUAUAUCCAGCUGGUCAUUGGCUACUGGGUCACUGGGAUGUCAGUGGUCAUAGGGCAGACCUAUCAGAUUUUUUCUCUACCUUUAUCUGGUUCUAACAAGCUCAAUCAUGUUUUCUGUGACAUGCUCCCAGUAGUGAAGCUGACCUGUGGAAACACAUUUGCAAAUCAAAUCUCAGUCUACGCAGAUGCUGUACUCUUUGCAUUGAUUCCCUCUCUAUUGAUACUUGGGUCCUAUGUAAAAAUUAUCUUGACCAUCUUGAAGCUGUCAUCAGUCACUAGAAGACACAAACUGUUCUCCACUUGUUCUUCUCACCUCAUAGUUUUCAUCUUAUUCUUUGGGCCUGGUGUCAUUGUUUAUUUCAGACCCAAGUGCAACCACUCUGAAGGAUUAGACAAAGUUCUUUCUCUAUUCUACACCACUGUGACACCAAUGUUUAACCCUGUGAUAUAUACAUUAAGGAACAAAGAUGCCAUCGGAGCUUUGAGAAAAUUAACACUGAAGUGA